CCCCUUCAACCUCUAGCCCUCGAGUUUGCAGUCUCCGUCGAGGCCAUACAGCAGCACCGCCGUCUUCUCGAUGUUAUCCUUUCGCCUUCGAGACCACCCGCACACAUCACUUGUAGCAUGACUUCAGCUCUGCCAUGCCCAUCGUUAACGAGUACCACACAUCUCGACGCCAAGAUGUGUGUCUGCAGUGGCACGACAUACAGUAUCGUUCCCAACCGUCGACACAGUGUACCUUGAACACAACAUACCACCAGUCUGUAUUAUGGUACGUUCGUCACCUAGUAUACUCCUACUACUGUACUCCUAUUCCUACUACUAUACUAUCUAGUUUGUCUUUUUGUCGUCUUGAGCUCGUCGAUGGCGAUGGACCCAGGCAAAGUACACACUCGACCCGCCAAACAAGAGCACGAACGCUAUCGCCCAUCCGACUUUGACCAUUGUGGGAAAUGGCGCGGUAAACAUCCCUUGGCCAUGCUUAAGGAUCAAGCACACCUCGGUCACGACGACCCCCAGACCGAGCCACGCGCGGGGCCCGAGCUUGCGGGACGGCGCGGCCACCCCCUGCGGCAGCUGCCGGCGCUGUACCAGAUGCCGAGGCGCACGACGUUGAGCGAGUUGGACGCAGGUACCCACAGCACAGUCUUGAGAAAGAACGAAUUGAGCAUCAUCACUGACAAGAUCACGACCAUAAACAUAACCAUCCAAAACCGCGAAGCAGAUCGAAACAUCUUCCAGUCGUACGCGAGCCAAUUCGCGGGCGUGAACUGCGCGGCAAAGCGCCGCGCCCGUCCCGACACGGUAGGGAUCUUGCGCCACCCGACCCAGUUGUACUUUUUCAUCUCAAAGUACCGGCAGAUGCGCAUGCCGAGCCAAAUCCCGGCGGCGUUGCACACGAGCACGUCCAGAAUCACUUGGUCCCACCAGCACUCGGCAAAGUUUUUUAGCCAGUGCGCAAAGCUGAGCUCGUAAAACUCAAACAAGAUCGAAAUGAGCCAGCACACCGUGUAGCUGCGAAUCAUGAGCGCGCCGACGAUCCACCCGAGAAAGUGCAUGAUCACGAACCGGUCGAAGAACGUCGCCGAGAUGUUGGCCAUGACGUUAGUCGGGUGCUCGGGGGUGAACAACCGGCAGUCCUCGGCAAACCCUUCUUCCGGCAACUGCACGCCGAGACGCGGGUCGUAGUGCCGCAGAAAUUGCCGUGCGUCCGGGGUCUUCAAGAACAACAACACGAUCAACAACAUCUCGUACAAAAUGAAGAUGCCUGUGAUCAACCGCCAGAUCGCAGGAUGCGGACGGAUGAAAUGCCCGUCUCGAAGUUGCAGCACGCAGUACACGAGGAAGAAGAUGCAAGCAAACUUGACACCGCUCUUGAGGUCGUCGACUUGGGUCGACGCCGGGUCUUGAUGCAGCAGCGCAUACAAAAAGUACACGAGCGUGAUGAACCCAACCAGGAGCGUGUGCGGCCGUGUCGUCCAGCUGUCGUCGUCGGCAGGAGGUGGGGCCGACGCCGCGUCGAGUUCUCCAUAUACGGCGGGGUCCGAUGUCUUGCCCAGUUGGAUUGCUGCGGGCGUCGGUUCCGCUGAAGUGGCCUUCUCGGGCGCCAUCAUCAUCCAGUGGUAAUUUGGAAUUCACGAUUGUGGUCAUGGACGUUUCCCUGCUCUGAGUAUCCGUAUAAUCUGUCGCAUCAAACGA